CUGAAAGAUAUUAAUCAUGCACAGGAGAAGAAAAUAGCAAAAAUGAAGGAAAUUGAGAUUGCGAAACAUAUUCAAAUGGAGUCACAGAUGGAAGAUUUAGAAAAAAAACGUAAGUCAUUAGUAGGCUUACAAAAAGAGAAGAAACGCCUAUAUAAAGCAAGAAUAGAAGGUGUAGAAUUAGAUUUUGCGUUAUUUAAGGAAAGAGUCAGUGGAUCUAGAGAACAUUUCAAAAGGGAGGAUGCAAAAAAUUCAAGUUCUAAAAUUAAACAACCAGCGUCUUCUGAACGAUUGUCCCUGAGAAGCAAGAAUAAGACCUUGCGAAAUAAACUAAAGAGAAUGGAAGCUGAAAAACAAACCAUUGAAGGAAGAUUACAUGAGGCCCAAGAAUCAUUGCACGAAUCGGAAAAUGUAGUACAGAAAUUAAAAAUGGAGGAGGAGGCGUUUAAAAAUUUCAUUUCAGAUGAGAGACACAAGGAAUCUAUACUUAAAGCACAAUAUGACGAUGUAACAAGAGAACUUGAAAAAAAUCGUUCUGAAAAGGAAGAAGCAAAUUGCAGACUUGCAGAAAAAAUUGAAGAAGACAGGAACUCUUCUCAAGUAAGCGAAUGUAUUCGAAGAGACUGGAUAGACCAACAACUUUUUAUGGAACAUUUGAAAGAACAGCUGAACAAGGCUGCUAUGGUUUUUACCCUUAAAACAGGACCAGAACUCCAACAGUACAUAGGGAUAUUGAAAACCGAACUUCAAUCAGCACAACACAUGCAAAAAGAGAACAACGGCAACGUUAAUUUUGGCGAAAGAGAAGGAAGGAUUAGAGAUUUAAUACAAAAAUUCGAUAGUUUGAAUAGAAGUGGUGGUAAUACUGAUCUCGUAGCACAUCAUCAGGCAAUGGUUGUUAGUUCAAAUGCAGUGAUAGUCAAGAAGAACGAAAAUACUCAUCACAUUACUGCACAAAAUGUUAAUAUUUACCAAGGUCAUGUACAGCAUGUAUUGACUGAUGACAAUGGAAAUGAAUGCUAGAUGAAAUCAAUAAGUGUCAUGUAACCAGAUGCCAAGUUGAAAAAUCACGCAGCAUUGAAAUUCAAGAAAGACUAACUUAUCAUUAAGUAUUGCAAAUAGACAUUUAACAUUCUAUCCAGUGCACUUUGUAUUAAGGAAGCUGGCUUGUCAUGUUUUUGAUAUUUUUGUCUUUUUGUAAACCUUUCAUAUUUAAUGAUAAGCCAUCUGUAAAAGUCUUAUAAAAUUUUAAUUAUUUUUUAAUAAUCUUUUAGAAAUUAAACCUGUAAAUGAUAAAGCUAUGAAAAGUCAAUAGAGAAUAGUUUCCCGCCAAAAUUUCAAUGGCUUAUAUUUCGAAAACAAGCAUACAUUGUUUUUGUUCUUUGGAUUCCUUUAUUUAUCCCCUAGCAAUAUAAACUAGUGUUUCGAAAAGUUAAUUAUUUUGAAAAUGAGAAGCGAACUCCCUAAUCAAACAAAUAUCUGUUAGAAAACAUUAUAAAUUUGGUAGGGCUACAUGUAGACAGUCAUAUGGUAUAACAAAUAAUAUUAUUCGUUAGGGUAACCUUUCAAUAAAUAUUCUUGUUUUUUUUGCCUAUUGAUGAUACGGUUUAAAAUGACAAAUGUACAUGUACCACAUCACUGUGUUUAACAAGAGUUUCGCGUUAAGAUGUAGAUUAUAGAGUGUCUGUUGAAAACUCCUCAAAUUGUAAACGGCUAAGUACUAGCCUGUAAUUGUUUUGAAAAGAUGGGAAUAAUGUUAAAUUGUUAUUUAUACUGAGAAGAUAUAUGUGUUCAACGUGUCUUGUUACUUUGAUACAAUUAAACUUUCUUUAAUAAUAAA